AUGGAUUGCGAGCAACCACAACGGGUGGUGGUGAUUGGUGCCAACGGGAAGACAGGUUUUCAUUUGGUCCGAAUGCUGCAUCAACAUCCGAACUAUUCCACAUUGGCAAUGAUUCGCGCCGCCGAUCAAGCAACUAGGUUCGAAGAACUUGGUGUGGACUGGACAACAGGAGAUCUUGAGGCUGGGUCUCCUUCUGUGGAAGCCUUGGAAGGCGCGGAUGCUGUCAUCUUUGCCGCAGGAGCUGGUCGAGAUCGACCCAACAUCAAGAAAGUGUCGAUUGAUUAUCUUGGAGCCAUCAAGGCAAUUGCUUCCGCACAAGAAACCAAAUCGGUCAAAAGAUUUCUGCUAUUGUCAGGAAUCAAUACGGAUCCUCUUGGAACGAGGCGAUCUGUCAACUCGAGUGAUCUUGAUGGUCCUCUGGCGGCAUGGCAUCGACUCAAGGCUCAUUCAGAGACUUACCUUCGUGAAUCACACGUGCAUGGACGGGCAUUGGACUGGACUAUUUUGUGUCCUGGGCGGUUGGUGGAUGAAGGCGAAGUUGGUACUGGGUUGGUAAAAGCGAGUCUGAUUCACGGAGAAGAGGAUCUCAAAGAAACCUUAUCUGAAGAGGAAAGAGCUGCUGCUGUCAAGGUAAUGCCUGGAAGUCAUGACGGCAAGAGCGAGAGACUCUGUGUCAGCAGAUACAACACAGCCGCCGCUCUCAUGGCACUGUUGGGAGCUCCCAAUACCAUUGAAAAGUCGGUGACUCUUGUGGAUGGGAUAUUGCCAGUGGAAGAGGCUCUGAGUAUUGUUUGA